CUCUCCUGCUGACACAACAGUGGAUCCAAGAUGGCGGACGUGGGUGCCACCAGCUUCCCAGGGGGAGACUCGGGCUUGGCCCCUCCGCCGCCCCCGCCGCCCUCGCCGCUGGCCCCGGAGGAGCAGGAGCUGAGCCAGCGCCUCCGCCGCCUCUACCCCGCCGUCAACCUGGCCGAGACGCCGCUCCCGCGCGCCUGGAGCCCCAAGGACAAGUACAACUACAUCGGCCUCUCCCAGGGCAACCUGCGCGUUCACUACAAAGGACAUGGGAAAAAUCACAAGGAUGCUGCCUCAGUCAGGGCUACUCAUCCCAUUCCUGCAGCCUGUGGUAUUUAUUAUUUUGAAGUGAAGAUAGUCAGUAAAGGGAGAGAUGGGUACAUGGGGAUAGGACUCUCGGCCCAAGGUGUCAACAUGAACAGACUUCCUGGUUGGGAUAAGCAUUCCUAUGGCUACCACGGUGAUGAUGGACACUCCUUCUGCUCAUCAGGGACAGGGCAGCCCUAUGGCCCCACGUUCACUACUGGCGAUGUGAUUGGCUGUUGUGUGAAUCUCAUCAACAAUACCUGCUUUUACACAAAGAAUGGUCACAGCCUAGGUAUAGCCUUUACAGACCUCCCUGCCAAUCUGUAUCCCACUGUGGGUCUCCAGACACCAGGAGAGAUAGUAGAUGCCAACUUUGGGCAACAGCCAUUUGUUUUCGACAUUGAAGAUUAUAUGAGAGAGUGGCGAGCAAAGAUUCAGGGAACCAUUAAGAGAUUUCCCAUAGGUGACCGACUAGGUGAAUGGCAAGCCAUGCUGCAGAAUAUGGUCUCCUCUUACCUGGUUCAUCAUGGGUACUGUGCCACAGCGACUGCCUUUGCCAGGGUGACAGAAAGUACAAUCCAGGAAGAACAGAUAUCCAUAAAGAACAGACAAAGAAUACAAAAGCUGGUUUUGGCAGGAAGAGUGGGGGAAGCCAUUGAAGCCACACAGCAGCUAUACCCAGGACUUCUAGAGCACAAUCCUAACCUUCUUUUCAUGCUAAAGUGCAGGCAGUUUGUGGAGAUGGUGAACGGAACUGACAGUGAAGUACGAUGUUUUAGCGCCCGCAGCCCCAAAUCCCAGGACAGCUACCCCAACUCCCCUAAUCUCAGUCCCAGACAUGGCUGUAAUAACUUGCACAUUCACAGUACUGGAGCAGAGAGCCCAAGCUGUAGUAAUGGAGUCACUUCCAUAAAAAACAAACAGAGCCACAGUAAAUAUCCUGCACUGAGUUCAUCAUCAUCAUCCUCUUCCUCAUCAUCGCCUUCAUCAGUGAACUAUUCAGAGUCCAACUCCACAGAUUCCACCAAGUCGCAGCAGCACAGCAGCACCAGCAACCAAGAAACCAGUGACAGUGAGAUGGAGAUGGAGGCAGAGCACUACCCCAAUGGCGUCUUGGAAAAUUCUGCUACAAGGAUCAUGAAUGGCACUUACAAGCAUGAAGAGAUCCUUCAGACAGAUGAUUCCAGCAUGGAAGAUGGCUGUCCUCAGAGGCAGCUCUGCGGAGGAAACCACGCUGCCACCGAGCGGAUGAUCCAGUUUGGGCGAGAGCUGCAGAGCCUGAGCGAACAGUUGUGCCGAGAAUAUGGGAAAAAUACAACACAUAAAAAAAUGUUACAGGAUGCAUUCAGCUUGCUUGCCUAUUCUGACCCAUGGAACUGUCCUGUUGGUCAGCAGCUGGACCCAAUCCAGAGGGAACCUGUGUGUGCUGCACUCAAUAGCGCUAUUUUGGAGUCUCAGAACCUGCCAAAGCAGCCCCCCUUGCUGCUUGCUCUGGGCCAGGCCUCCGAGUGCUUGCGGCUCAUGGCUCGCGUGGGCUUGGGCUCCUGCUCCUUUGCCAGAGUGGAUGACUAUUUGCACUAGCCACUAAGUGAAGCAGAAUGACCCCUCCAGUGCUGCCACCAUCACCUCCACUGCCUCGCAUUUCCCCUCCGCCUCCGUGCACACGCUGCCCAGCAAAAGGACACAUUGCUGACUGAAGGGGGGCCUCCUUAUUGCGCCUUCGUUUCUCACCUUGGAUUCAGUAUGGCAGGGCCCUGCAACGUCAACAGAGCCUGUCCUGCCUGGCAGCUGCUGCAGCACUCAGUAUUUUCACUGGUCAUUCUGAUGUGUAGCGCCUUUUGAUUUUAGGAUUUUAUCUCUAUUUUAUUUUAUUUUAUUUUAUUUCUCUGACUGAGCCACCAGUAUUUAUAUCUGGAGAGUUUGUGCUGAGCUGGUUUCUACUAAUUUAGAGAUAAAAGUGUAUCUGAGUUGGUGA